AAACUAAGAGAAGAGAGCCACAAGGAGCAUGCCAUAUAUACUUAGCGUUACGCGUGUGCCAGCGUCUCUCACCUUGCACACAUAUUAGGUGAAGGCCAAGUAGGAUCCAGUGGAGUGUUUCGGAUGGAGGAGUUGUGGAAGGACAUGUCCCUGCCUUCCACCCCGGCCGCGCUGCAGUCGUACCACAUCCGCUCUCCAGCCGCCGCCGUCUACCCCCAGGACUACCUCGCCGGCCCGGUGCCGCUGCGGCGGGGGGCUCCUUACACGGCGCUCACCCUCAGCUCCUCCGUCCAGUUCACCUUCCACGGUGGUGGUCCCGGUUCCGGUACGCCCUCCGGCUCCAGCUCCUGCAAUGACUACCCCUUUGGCUUCCCCUCCGCCUCCGGAGCCAACAGCGGCAACAACAACAGCAAGAGGGUGCAGGUCGAUGCUCCGGCGGCGGUCGACCGUCAGCGCCGGAUGAUAAAGAACCGGGAGUCGGCGGCCCGGUCGCGGGCGCGGAAGCAGGCCUACACCAACGAGCUGGAGAUGGAGCUGGCGCAGCUGCGCAGGGAGAACCAGAUGCUCAUCAAGCGCGAGCAGGACUUCAUCAAAGAACGUUCGGCGACGGCGGCGCAGGCGGCAGUGCUCCCCGACUGCAGCAGCAGCAGAAGCAACGGCGGCGGCAGGAGCAGGUCCAGCAGGUCCACUCUCCACUUCGGGCUCGAGCAGAGGCAGAGGUGCCGCUCCGCCCCUGCGCCAUGAUCGGCGGCGGCCAUGGUUCAUCGACUGCAGUAGCUUAAUUAUUCCACUAAUUAAUUAGUUAUAUACAAGACUACCAAUGCAUGUGCUUGCUACUUAUACAUGAUUAAUUGUCCAAAGCUAGCUCUUGGUGAUGGACAUAUCAAUAUUAAUGGGAGUCGUGAACUAUGCAUGUGCAUAUGUAAUCUAGCUAGUACGUAGUAGUAGCUUUGUUGCAAAAUUAGGCUAGUAUGUAAUAUAUCUCCUUAAUAUUGAGGUGAUGGACGAAUCAAUCGAUCCAGCUAUGUAAAUUAACGGCAUUUCCGUCACAAGUAGGUGAUGGCUGAUUGUAUGAUAAAAGAUCGAUUGUGUGAGGCCA